AUGGAGCGUAUGGUAAAACGACGACUCAUAUGGGCUCUUGAACAACGCCACAUGAUUCCUGACCACAUGUGCGCCUACCGCCGACAUCGGGGAGCGACUGAUGCUCUCAUCCAACUCACCGCAGCAAUACAGCUGGCACUUUCUAAGGACCGUAUCUCUCUUGUCUCGUUCCUCGACGUCAAACAAGCGUUUGAUACCGUUAAACAUGAAGCCAUCACUACACCUCUACAUCAAUCUGGCAUCACAUGCAGGCUCGGUGCCUUCGUACAAGGAUAUCUCGAAAGCCGUACAAUAGCUGUUGCAAUCGAAGGGCAAGUAAGUUCAUCACGUGUUCUCACCCGAGGAGUUCCACAAGGCGGAGUUCUCUCCCCCAUCCUUUUCAAUAUUGCAGUCUCCGACCUUCAUCUCAACGCUCCCGACACUCUUUACACCGCAAAAUAUCUCAUAUAUGCAGACGACAUCUGCCUCCUCUUUCAUGGCAAGCUCAAGCCCUCCCUUCAAGCUUCUGCUCAAGCUACACUAAAUCACAUUUCAAGCUCCCUCGCCACUAAAGGCCUCCGUCUCUCACCGGAAAAAUCAGUAGCCCUCGUCUGCGCCCCCAAGGGAAAACAUAUCCCAAAUAGCUUUCCUGCACUCUCCCUCCAAGGAAUCCCCAUUCCACGUGUGAACAAGACACGCUACCUCGGCAUCAUCUUUCAUUCCCACCUGUCAUGGACCCACCAAGUAGACCACAUGGUACGCAGCUGUCAGCCGCUCCUUAAUGUUCUAAAACUUCUCUGUGGCAAGUCUUGGGGCAAUCAUCCUCGGUCUAUGCUUUCACUGUACAAAGCGCUCAUACUAAGCCACAUGAACUACACUGUUUCCUUCAUUGAUCCCUCUCCCACCAACUGGCAACGCCUAGAACGACUACAUCGAACUGGUCUACGCAUCGCUCUGGGUCUCCCGCGGGCGUCUGACAUCGAGGAAACCUUACUAGAAGCAGAAGAAUUGCCAGUACGCAUUCACGCCGAGAGAUGCCUCUAUGAAGUUCUCGACAGGCUUCGGCUCACUCAGUCAGCCACUUCUGUCAUAAAUAACAUCAAAAGCUGCUUCAACACGAACAUCGGAAAAUUGUGCAAGUUCUACCUCAGAAAAAAUUUCAAACUGCAACCUCCCCAAGGCUAUGAAAAUUCGCCUUCACCGCCCUGGAGAGAUUUCUUCCCUAACACAGUUACCACCAUACGGAGCAUUCAAGGAAAAAAGCAUGCGCCAGCAGUCGUCUCACGUCACAAGGCCCUUGACCACAUUUCUAAUCACUACAGCUGUCACAGUCUCAUCUAUACCGACGGCUCGGUAUCUCAAGACUCUGCCUCUAGCGCCUACUUUGUUCCUUCUAACAACCUGCAGUGGUCUUCAAGACUUGACUCCCACACUAUCUCAUCUACUUCUGCUGAACUAUGUGCCAUCCUACACGCCUCCAUCGCUUCGUCUCUUCAUAAGCUUAAUCAAGUGGUCAUACUCACACAUUCCUCAGCUGCACUUCAUAAGUUAUCGGAUGUUGACAAUCAAUCAGUACUGGUGAAGAGCACCCUACGUGCGUUAGAGCUUGCCCAGAAACAAGAAAUAAACAUUACCCUACAAUGGAUUCCUGAACACGCUGAUAAACUUGCCAGGGCAGCUCACUCUCUACCCUCAAAGCCCUUUCCUAUCCCGCAAGAAUGCCGCCGGAAAACAGCCCUUAUACAGACAUCCAGUUCAGCCACCAGACGCCCACGCCCGCCCCCCUCUGUUGUCAUGCACCUGCAGCAGAGCCACUGCCACUGUCCUUCACCGAAUCCGCACAGGAUACGCCUUCACGCACAGCUGGCUUCAUCGGUUCGGACUUACACCGACACCACUAUGUCGACAGUGCUCUUCAAAUUCGGAAACCAUAAGUCACAUCCUGCUCGAAUGUCCCACCUACAACGAAGCACGCAGACGGCUGCUCAACACUGA